GCGUCGUCCAUUGCGGAGGGGGAGGAGCUUCAGCCCUGCGUCGGGGCUGCGUGAGCGUGCGUGACCAGGCUUUGUCCAGGAGAAAUGGCUGGCAUUAAAGCUCUCAUCAGCCUGUCGUUCGGGGGGGCCGUGGGCCUCAUGUUCCUCAUGCUCGGAUGCGCGCUCCCGGUAUAUAACAAAUACUGGCCCUUGUUCCUGCUCUUCUUCUACAUCCUGUCCCCCAUCCCUUACUGCAUCUCCCGGAGGAUGGUGGAUGACACAGACUCGGCCAGUAAUGCCUGCAAAGAGCUGGCUAUUUUCCUCACGACAGGCAUCGUCAUCUCAGCCUUCGGUCUGCCCGUCGUCUUCGCGCGGGCUGAAGUUAUCGCCUGGGGGGCAUGCGCGCUAGUGCUGACGGGGAAUGUGGUGAUCUUCGGGACCAUCCUGGGCUUCUUCCUGGUGUUCGGCUCCAACGACGACUUCAGCUGGCAGCAGUGGUGAAGGCUGGCAGCGCGGCGUCUGGACUGUCCGUCUGAAACCCCCCCAGUAUUAUUUUGGUACUGCUGCUGCUGUUCUUAUUUAUUUGAUGGCCUCUCAUUCAUAGACCUGCAACCAACCAGUGCAAUACUAAGUUAUUAUUACCAUUUUAUCAAAGCGCCUGCUCCUCCCUCAGCUGCUCCCCUCAUGACUGUUACACGUGCGCGCUCUGACGGGAAGCAGCUCCUGUCCGGAUCAACCGUCCGGAGUCUGAGCCCUUCAACCACAUAAUCCAGAGUGCUGGCUUAUACACAAUAUAGGCAGAGUUUCCAGGAUGACCUCGGGGCUCCUGCAGCUCCCGUAGGCCUUCUGCAGGAGCCACACUUUUACAAGUAGAGUUUCCAACGCCACUUCAAGCCCUCCUGCAGGCUCUGACAGACUGUCUCUUUUAAAGCACUGCUGAUCAAAAACACCUUCAUAGAAGGUCAGAAGUUUCUACAGACGACUGCAGGUUUUCUGCUGUCACAAAAAUACAAAAGCUGAAAUAACUUUUAAACUGUUUUUAGGUUCAGCCAAUUAGAUCCUCAGAUUAUAAUCUGAUUAUUAGCUGUGAAAGUGGUCUGAACCAGCUUCCUGUUCGAAGUGUAGAACAGGAAGACAUGAAGCUGCAGCUCAGCCGGAAACCGCGCUGUGGGCGGGGCCAGAGCUAGCCUCUUUGAUUGUUUCUUUUCUCCGUCUUCUGAGGAAUUCUCUGAGUGGGUGUCAUUACCUGAAUCCUGAAUCCAGAUCACGUGUUCACUGUUUGGUUUAUGAUUCAAAGUGACUCCAUUGGGUGUCAGUUUAUCCUUCAAAUUUCAAGUUUGUGGUUAUAAAAGUCGCUUUUUAAAAAAUGACGACUUUUCUUGCACGGAAGGUACAGUAAAUCAAGUUUUUGCUCAUGAAAAACAUUUCCACAUAUUUGUGCUUUAAACUAUAAUCUAUUUGAAAAGAAAUCAAUCAAUGAUUCAUUUUCCUAAUUAAAAUAGAAUUAGUGUAGAUUUUUUGGCCCUUUUUAUGAAGCGUCUGUGCCGUAGAUGUCAGUGUUAAAGUGGGGGGGCUGCUCUGAGGGACAUCUGUGGAGUGAAACCGUCAUGGCUUUCUGACACCAACACCCAGAGAUGUUUGGGUGGAGAGGUCUUACUGAUGUGUUCUUCUUAAGUAUGAACACGGAGCUGGGGGCUGAUGGAGGCGGGCUGCUCGCUGUGUCACAGGGUAACACGAGUCUGCGUGACUCCGUCCACUUCAGGCUUGGUUGUUGUCCCAUGUUCGUUUCUGUUAGACAGCAGAGUUGUGUUACAUUCAUUUAUGCAGUUGGAGGUUUUGUGUUGAUGUUUUGUGUUAUUUUCUACAACUUUUGUCAGAAGAGUGGAGGUCAGCAUCAGUUUGUCUUUUUUUUAAUAAACUCCAUUUUGAACAGAA